AUGGGAGAAAUAUAUGAACACCGCCCAAGUUUCUCGACUUUGAACCCGCCGACGAUUCGUCACCGGCUAUCAUCGGCCUCCAUAUAUUCGCCGGAACACCCGUCGGGAAUCUCGACGCCGCCGCUACAAAUGCCGGCCUCAGUCCCGUUCCAGUGGGAGCAGGAGCCCGGAAAGCCCCUACCCGGCGGAGGCACCGUCUCCGUACCCAAACCCUCCAGGUUCCUCGACCCUCCUCCCUGCAGAAUCCAGCCGACGAUGGACGGCGCCGCCAAAACGCUCUCGCCGUCGUCGAUCCUCGACGGGCCCUACAACGUGGCCCGGCCCAAAUUCUCGUCUUCCAGAUUCUCCAGAGACGGCCCAGAACCGUCGGAUUUGGUCGCCGGCAGGAAGAGCACGGGGAGAAGCCUUUUGGGCAAAGGGAGGGGCGGUCAACGGGAGGUCAUGGACUGGGGCUCCAACAGCAGCUUUGAGAGUGGUGAGGAAGGGAAUGUGAGUAAGAGGAUGGAGAGAAAGCUGAGAAGGCAUAAUAGCUUCUCCACUGCCUCUCAUGGUAGAUCAUCUUCACAUGUCUGGGCUACUAUAUGCGAAGGUUUCAAACACGUUAUUCAUUGGAAGAGUAGUAAGAAAACACACUAG